AUGUGGUUCCAAAAGAUAUUCAAUGUAUUGUCACCUCUAAGUACCUUAUUACAAACUAGAGAUUUAGAUAUUUUAGCAGGAGUUAAUUCUAUAAAUGAUGCUAAAAAUUUAAUACAAGAACUCAGAAAAAAUGAUUCUAUUAUGGAAUACUUAAUCAAGGAAGUCAAUAUUUUCAUAAAAGAAAAUUAUGGUUUUGAAUUUUCUGAAUUUAAAACCAUCCGCAUAAGAAGAAAGAAAAAAAUGUCGAAUGAAGAAAAUGUUGAUGAAUGUAUCAAAGACCCCAUUGAGAAAUUUAAAGUAGAAACUGUCUUAGGUUCCUUAGAUAUAAUACUUAGUAAUCUUAAUCAGUAUUUUAAUGAUACCACAAUUGGAGUUAUGAAAGAUUUGGCACUUUUCAGUAAGAAGCGAAUUAUUGAAAUUAAAAAAAACCAUAAGUCUUUACCCGAUGAUUCAUUUGUAGUGUUUUGCAAAGUUUACGGAACGUUUGUUGAUCAAGAAACAUUAAAAGCAGAGUUCCUUAAAUUUUGUAAUGUGUAUGAAUUAUUUGAGAAAACAACUAUUCUACCUGAAUAUUUUCACGUUUCUGACAAAAGUGAUACAGAAAGCAUUAGUUCAUUUGAAGAGGAGACUGAUCAAGAACAGGAAUUUGAGUUACCUAAGCGCAAGCAAAUAAAUCCAAUAAAUAUCGGUAGCUUGAAAACUAUUUUUAAAGUGUUCCAAAAUGGUGGUUUGGGAAAUACAUUUCCAUCACUAGAUGCUGCCCUGAGGAUAUCUCUGACAAUUCCAUUAUCUAGUGCUUCUACAGAAAGGUCAUUUUCCAAAUUGAAAAUCAUAAAAUCUAGACUUCGCACGACUAUGUCUCAAGCUAGAUUGGAAGACCUUAUGGUCAUAAGUUGUGAACAAGAUAUUGUUGAUGAAAUGGAUCAUGAAGAAAUUCUCCACAAGUUUGCAGCCAAUAGCAUUACAUUAACAAAAUAUUUAAUUUAA